GGUUUGACGUCACUACUCUGGGACAGGAGCUUGCUUUGCCCUUGCGUAAAAAAUUGAUGUCUGUUGAGUUCAAUCAGUUAUUGUGCUUAGAUUACUGUAUAUUUCCUCUGCGCUGUCAUGUCUCUCGCUGCAGAGGCUUUCGUCUCUCAGAUUGCAGCUGCUGAGCCAUGGCCUGAAAAUGCAGCGUUAUACCAACCUCUCAAAGAGGAUCAAAUCCUGCUGUCAGAUUCUGCGUCCUCUCUAGCCGUUCAGACAUUCCUGAGGAUGUGCGGUCUGCCAGUGCAGGUGUCAUGCCGUGCCAAUGCUGAAUACAUGUCACCAUCAGGGAAGGUUCCUUUCAUCCACGUUGGAAAUCAGGUCGUGUCCGAAUUGGGGCCGAUUGUUCAGUUCACAAAGGCAAAGGGUCAUUCUCUGAGUGACGGGCUGGAUGAUGUCCAGAGGGCAGAGAUGAAGGCUUACAUGGAGUUGGUCAAUAACAUGCUGCUGACCGCAGAGUUAUACAUCCAGUGGUGUGACGACUUCACGGCUACAGAGAUCUCCAGGCCUCGAUACAGCAGCCCCUAUUCUUGGCCCCUCAAUCACAUUCUGGCCUAUCAGAAGCAGUGGGAGGUGCGCAGGAAGAUUAACGCCAUUGGAUGGUCUGGAAAGAGCCUGGAGCAGGUGUAUGAAGAUGUGAGCCAGUGUUGUCAGGCCUUGUCACAACGAUUAGGAACACAGCCCUACUUUUUCAACAAACAGCCAACUGAACUAGACGCUCUGGUGUUUGGUCAUCUUUUUACCAUACUUACCACACAGCUGACCAGCGACGAGCUUGUCGAAAAGGUGAAAUCUUACUCCAACCUGCUGUCUUUCUGCCAUCGCAUUGAACAGGCUUACUUUAAGGAGCAUGAGCGAGAAGGUCAGUCGGGCUCCUCACGCCAUUCCAAAGGCUCUCUACCCUGAGCAGCUCAAUCUGAGCUCUUUCAUUUAAUAAAGGUUUGUGAAUAUUUACAGUGUCCCCGUCGUGUUUCCCAACUACUCCUAUGCCUGUUCAUAAUGCCAUAAUGGGAACUUGCCUGCCGCAGCAGUAGAAUAAGGUUUCUGGUGUAAAAUUGUAGUUGAUGUACAUCUUUUUUUUUUCCACUGUGUGAUGCCUUUGUCUGAUAUGUGUGAAUGGCAAGUGCCUAUGAAGUAUAAUAAACUUCAAGAUGGACUUUG